AUGACUUAUCGUUCAAAGACAACUCAAAAUACCGUCAUUCAGAGGGAAGAGUGAGCAACUUCGUGCACAAAAAUGUCUCUUAACAGAGCAAACCCAACAACUUCCAUGAAAUGGAGAAUCCAAAUCAGACAAAACCAGUUAGUGUUCCAAAUAUCGUCAAUCCUCUUACAAAGACACAACUGGGUUUCACUUCUCCAAAACUUCAACCUCUCCACAAAACUAACUCCUCCUCUCUUUAACCAAAUCCUCCACAAAACACAAACUAACCCUCAAAUUUCUCUGCGCUUCUUCAACUGGGUCCAAACCAACCUAAAGCUUAAACCAGACCUUAAAUCCCAAUGUCACAUCAUCAAUAUUUGUGUCAAUUCGGGUCUCACUCUACCUGUGAGACCAAUCAUGGAUUCUUUGGUGAAAACACAUCACGUGUCAGUUCUUGGAGAGGCCAUGGUUGAUUCUUGUAGAGGUAAAAGUUUAAAGUCUGAUGCCUUCAGUUUUGUUCUUGAAUGUUACUCGCAUAAGGGUCUGUUUAUGGAAAGUUUAGAGAUGUUUAGGAAGAUGAGGGGUAAUGGAUUUAUUGCUUCUGGUACUGCCUGUAAUUCUGUUCUUGAUGUUUUGCAAAGAGAAAAUGAGAUUAAAUUAGCUUGGUGUUUUUAUUGUGCCAUGAUUAAAGAUGGGGUUUUGCCUGAUAAAUUAACUUGGUCGUUGAUUGCUCAGAUUCUUUGUAAAGAUGGGAACUUUGAGAGAAUUGUUAAAUUUUUAGAUAUGGGUGUUUAUAAUUCAGUUUUGUAUAACGGUGUUAUUGAUUGUUGUAGUAAAAGAGGGGAUUUUGAAGCUGCUUUUGAGAGGCUAAAUCAGAUGUGUGAGAGGAAACUUGACCCUGGUUUUAGUACUUAUAGUGCGAUACUUGAUGGAGCUUGUAAACAUGGGAAUGAAGAAGUGAUUGAGAGAGUUAUGGAUAUAAUGGCUGAGAAAGGCUUGCUUCCAAAAUGCCCUUUGUCUCAAUGUGAUUCAGUCAUUCAAAAGUUUUCUGAUUUGUGUAAGAUGAAUGUAGCAACAAUGUUUUUUAGGAGAGCUUGUGAUGAGAAGAUUGGAUUACAAGAUGCUACUUAUGGGUGUAUGUUAAAGGCAUUGUCUAAAGAAGCAAGAGUAAAGGAAGCAAUUGGUUUAUACAGUUUAAUUUCCGAAAAGGGAAUCAGAGUGAAGGAUAGUACUUAUCAUGCAUUUUUGGAUCUUCUCAGUGAAGAAGAUCAGUAUGAAGAAGGAUAUGAGAUAUUGGGGGACAUGAUGAGAAGAGGUUUUAGACCUGGUACAGUUGGGUUGUCUAAAUUUAUCUUGUUACUAAGUAGAAAACGUAGAUGGAGGGAAGUGGAAGACUUGCUGGAUUUAGUUUUAGAGAAAGGAUUACUGCCAGAUUCGUUGUGCUGCUGCUCCCUAGUUGAGCAUUAUUGCUCUAGGAGACAGAUUGAUAAAGCUGUUGCGUUGCAUAACAAGAUGGAGAAAUUGCAAGCAAGUUUGGAUGUUGCAACAUAUAAUAUACUUCUUGAUGGGCUUGUAAAAAACGGUAGGAUUGAAGAAGUAGUUAGGGUAUUUGAUUACAUGAAAGGACUCAAAUUAGUGAAUAGUGAAAGUUUUACAAUAACAAUCCGUGGGCUUUGCCGUGCAAAAGAAAUGAGGAAAGCAAUGAAACUUCAUGAUGAAAUGCUGGACAUGGGGCUGAAACCUGAUAAAGCAGCAUAUAAAAGGCUGAUAUUGGAAUUCAACAAGUAGAAUGUACAGGCAGUGUGUUUGUUCUGCGACUUUUCCUGGUCAAACUGUAUACUUUUGCCCUUUUUUUUUUUUGAGUCAGCAAAUAUGAUGCUCAGGCCAAGCGUUACAGUUUCUAAAUUUAAAGAAUAUUGUUGUGGUCUAUUUUCUGAACCAUGCAAUUUCUGUUAUAUGAGCAUAUAUAGUGCUACAGUGCUGCAUAAUUGUCUGCUGAUAACAUGUUUUAUGAGAUGCUCGAUGGUAAACGAGAUCAAGUUUUUGUCCUCUCACAAACAGGUGAUGAACUUCAGAUAGAUCAAAGGAAGAUGGAGCAAGCCUUUGCAUUAUGUCGUAAGUUGGAGAAUUGCAUACAAGUUUGGAGGAAGCAACAUAUGGUUGAACUUCUUGAUGGUUGGUCAAAGAAGUUAGGGUUUACAAAAACAAAGAAGAGAGGGUUGAUGAAGAGGUUUGGAUGUUUGAUUACACAGAAUAACUUGAUGAUGAGUCCAUAUUGCAAGUUUCACAAAUACAAUGUGCUAGCUUUCCUACUUCAAAGGAACUGAGAAGAGCAAUGAAACUCCAUGAAUUGUUGUUGAAGAUGGGGCUUAAACCGAUAAAGCAACAGAUACAAGCUUUGAUAUUGAGAUGCAAGCAAUGUAUUGUGUAUCUUUAGCUGUACUGGAUCAAACUAAGAGGUUGUUUGGGAUUUUGUUAUCUAAAAAUUUGAUUUUUUUGUUUAAAACUAUCUUUUUAAAACAAAAAAAAUCAAAUAUAUGGACUCUGUAUUUGUUUUUAAUCA